AUGGAAGGUCAGUCAUACCCACAUGGUUCUUCUUACUUCCGGGAACGAAGAGAUUUAGAAACCCUAUCAGACAUCAAUGAAGAAAGAUUUGGGAGACCGGGGAAGUGGAAGUGGAAGCGGAAGCCUGGUGGUUCCCCAGAAGUCCAGAGAACCUUCAUUACAUUGCAUGAACUGAAGUAGAUGCAAGGGAACUGAACCCAUGUGAAGGUCUCCAUCUUCAGUGGAUUUCAAUUACAAAUAAGCCUCUCUUCAUCUCGUCAACCCCCACAUCUCUCAACCUCACAGACAUUUCUCUCUCCUCAGAGACUGAGCUCACUCCCAACGCGAAACCUGCAAUGCCCUUCCACAACCAAUUGGAGUAUACGAUCGAAACCCGCGACCGUCAUACUCUCAAAUAUCCACGCAAAAUGAGCAACCAGAUCUGGUUCGCGGGAGCCAAUUACCAAGCCGUUCGCCGACCCCAUCGCUCCCGCGCCCACCAUGCAGCUCAAUAUGAGGAACUCAGACACCAAGAAGAAGAAGUCCGAAAGCUUGCCGAGAAAGUCAGAAGGUUGGAGUCUCAAGUCGCCGAGGGUGAAAAGGAGGAACUACUACGCGGUGUUCGAGAAGAAGAGUUCAAAAAGGGGGAGAAAGCUGGUCUAGCCAGGGCAGAGAAGAAGGAGCAGGAAGAGGCAAGGUUGAAAGCUUUGAUCAAAGAAGGGGUCGCUGCUGCUUCUGGAGGCGGAGGUGGGAACGGUGGUGGUAAGCGACCGAUGCUUCCGCCCCCAGCCAGUCAUGGAGACGAUGACAACAACAACUUGGGUUUCCUUCGUGGGGGAGGAGGAGCGCAUGCCAGACCGGCUGCCGUCUUCCAUCAUCACAGCCAUGAUCACAAACACGUCCGCCGCACCCCCAUUACCCUCAAGGUCCCAGAACUCGAAAUCGAUAGUGAAAACGAGGACUCCACGGGACAAGUACCUCUUUUUCUCGGCCAAUUGGAAAGAAAAGAAAAAGCCCAUUUCCCUAUGUUUGGUCGUGUUAACCCUCAAAUGCUGCUUCAAGGGCCUCCUCAACAUCGUCCUUUUCCUUUCGGUCCGGAUCAGUCUUUUUUAGAUAAACUUGCAGAUUUGCCAAGGGGAGAAGCAGAGUUCAUUUGGAACAGACUGUAUGGCAAGGGUCGCAAUAAGGGGUCUGAAGAAUGGAGCGUUUCUGUUGAGGAAUAG